GAUGUUGACCUUCCUCAUUCUUUCGUGGCUAGCAUUUUCAGGAACUGAUGCAGGAACUGAUGCCGACUGUUCAUGCUACAACAAGCGUGACUCAAAUGUCACGGGAACCAAAAUUGGAUUGAGCAAUGGCUACAAGCCAGAUAACUUUGAAACAUGCUAUCCUGAUGCAGGAUGUGGAUUCAUUGCUGACAGCGGCGGUGCUACUGGAUGGAGCACCAUCACUGUUACAUUCAGCACCCCGACAGAUACUACAGGAAAAUUCACACUUUACAAUGGGAAGGUAGCAGAUAAUAGUACAAAGAUCACCACAUUUACGGUAGCUGACAGUGGUACUACUAAAUCUUAUACCAGUUCGACACAGUAUAUCUAUGUGGAAUACACACAAGACAACGCAACUUCACCAAAUGCAUAUUACGGUUCCAUUGGUGCAGGAGGCCUUCUUCCUCCUUCAACAAUCACUCCUCCUUCAACAACCGCCGCUCCAACCACGACACCAUACACCAAUCCAAAUUUCGGCAGGGACCCACAACUCAUUUCACAUGAUAUUUUAAUUAUGGUUAAUCAGAGAACAACCCAAGGAUCAGAUGGAUUGGCAGCACUCAACUCAUUGGCUAAGAGUUUUGUUAACCUUCUGAGUGUGACUGACGAUAUUACAUCGCUGUACAAAACACGUCUUGGUCUUGCAACUGUAACUCCGUACUCACCAUUCUAUGCUGCUCAAGGAGAGAUCUGGAAAAUGUCUGCAGCUGAUGUGAAUGGAUCACUUCCAAACUCUGGAGUCAGCAUUGAUGUCGAUAUUACAACUGCAUUGUCUAACGCGGUCAACACAUUCUUUAACGUGAGCAUUACCGGCGUCAGCAACCCGGCUCCCACAAGAAAAAACGUUCAAAGAUCAAUUCUUCUAUUCACAGCAUGGUGGAGCGAAAGUCAAACUCCUUCAGAGGAUCUUCAAAAGAAAUUCGCAGCAAAAGGUGUAAACUUGGCUAUCAUUGGAUAUAACACAAGCCCUGGUUCACUUAACUCAAAUGACUGGUAUAAUUAUGUUUCACUCAGUACCGAUGCUGAUGUUGCGCCAUUUGUGAAUAGGUUCUAUCUGAAUUCUGGAUUGAAUAAUAAUCUGACAAACAAUUGGUGUAAAAUAAUCGCUGAUGCUAAUGCUAAUAAUUCUAUUUCGGAACCAUCAGACUUUUUUGGACCCCCCAAAAACGGAGCUUCUUGGGGAACUGAUAAUGGACAAAAGUCUAGAUACUGUAACUUCCAAGACUCUACCUACACUUAUCAAAGAAAAGAGCAAGAUAAACUGGUUACUUUGACGGUGUUCUACGAACUAGAAGUGGAGAAAGAUUUUCUGAAGUUCUUCGCAGAUGGUGUUGAAAUUGAGAGUUUCACCGGAGUGGAUGUGAACAACGCAAGUUUUGACGUUGACGCUAAUAUCAUCACCGCCAGGUUCACCAGCGAUGCUGCUGGCAUUCAACGUGGAUUUAGUGUGACAUUUGAAGAAACUAAGAGCAAACCCACUUCAUAAUUUCCAUUCAAACAUGUUUUGAAAAUCUCUGUAAAGAAAAAUAUGAAUCGUUCGUGACGUGG